AGUCACCGUUCCAAUUUUUAUUCAGAAGUUCUAUAUUGACUUUAAUUCUGCUUUUAGUUAAUUUCCAAAGAACACCAUUUCUUCUUAUGAAUCACAAAAAUAAAAUUGAAAAUAAGAAGCAUUUUCUAGUCCUCAGAGUCCGUACACUCGGCCCUCUCCCAAAUGUGAAACAAAGAACUGAGAAAGCAGUCUGCGACAUACCUACUAGAUUUUUACUUUCUUUUCAGCUUCUAUCAAUUUACAUUUUUUCUACUAUAGAUUCUCUGGUUCAAUUUUAUGCAAAAAUAACCCCCUUUAUCAUUCUUUUCUUCAGAUGCAUUCUUGUACAAAGGCAUUGAUGACAGCUAACUAACAUUGAAAAGUUUGGUAGUAAUUAUUUUACUUGUUGGGGUUUUCAAGAUUGUUUAAGAAGGACCUCAUGAAAUGUCUGAACCUUGGUGAGAGCUAAAGAGCAUAUAUACUUUUUUGAAAUAGGCCAAAGGUGUUUGCUUGGUAUGAUUUUCCUUGUUGGGUUUAUCAAUAUUGUUUGAAAAACAUCCUAAAAUGUCUGAACCAGCAAAGGUUCGUUUGGUUCGUUGCCCAAAGUGUGAAAAUUUACUUCCCGAGCUCACUGAUUAUUCUGUUUACCAGUGUGGUGGUUGUGGUGCUGUUUUACGAGUUACAGCCAAAAAUAAAAAUGGGGAGUUAGAGGAAUUUGCUGAGAAGUCUGAAGAAGAAACUGUGGGAGGAAUUGUGGAGAAUUUUGAUCUUUCAGAGAAGAAACUUAUGAAUAUAGGUGAUGGUUCGGGGUACGAUGUCAAGUCAAUUGCUGGUUCUUCCAGCACAAGGGAGAGGAGGAGGCUUUUGCGCGAUGCACCUGAAACUUACGGGACUAGUUUGAGGAAUGUUGCUGAUAAGUGGCCUAAUGAGGAUGAGAGGGUGAUGUAUAAGACUAACAUUGAUGAACAAGGUCAAGAAAAUAUGGCCAAUGAGUUUGCUUUUGACUCUCGGAAUGGAAAAAACAUUGAAACUCAAAGACCAGGCCGAGUUCCAUAUUGGAGAAGUAGGGAGAGAAGUGCGGCUGAGGUUUUGCCCAGGGUUAGAAGAGUUAAUCUUCAAGGUGUGAGGAAUUCAUCCUCCAUUAACUCAGAAGAGUUGUACAGGAACGAUGUGGAUGGGAUCGAUCAGGAUGAACAAAUUCAAGAAAAUAUAGGUAAAGAAUUUGAACAUUUUGACUCCCAGCAUGGAAAAGAAAUUGAAACACGAAGAGCAGGCCGAGUUCCAGAUUGGAGAAGUAAGGAGAAUUCUGAGGCAGAGGUGUUGCCCAGGGCUAGAAGAGUUGAUCUUGAAGGUAUGAAGUAUGCGUCCUCCUUUAACUCAGAAGAGGGUCCUUCUGGCUACUGGUCAGGUUCAAAUUAUGAUAAUGAUAAGAGGUUGUAUAGGAAGGAUGUGGAUGGGUUCAAUCAGGUUGAUCUUCCCGUUGAUGAGUGCGCAGAGCUUUUGAGAAAGUUUGAUGAGCUAAAAGAACAGCUCAAUCGGUUUGGUGGUGUGCCUGAGAAGCCUAACGAAAGAGUCCCACUUGAAAGUAGGAUGGCUCGUCAUGGAAAUCCCUAUGAUCUGUUUCCUCAAAGCUCUACAAGGAUCAUGAAUAGAGCUUCGGCACAAAAUCCUGUAUCUGGUGAAAGACUUCCCUAUCUGAACCACUACAAUGCACCCUCGCCUUUUAUGAAUAGAGCCGGUGGUGGAUUUUAUCCUCCUAGAGACCAUAUCCAGGGAUAUGGAGGUCCUCCCAGGUCCCAGUUGUUUAGUGGAGAUCCAUACCAAGCUCCGGAUCCAUUUCAAUUGCAGCCAUCUCAUGGCCAUUUUCCUGGGCGGUCAAUGGACAAUGAAAUCCCACCUACGGAUCCUUUUCGACCUUACCAGCCUCAGACUAUUCCUCAUCAUCCAUCUUGCAGUUGUUUUCAUUGCUGCAAUGUAAAUCAAAUCCGUAGUCGAGGUCCACCCACUGGUUUUGGUGAUAAAAGGUUCUCUGACAUUCCCCAGAAACCAAUGUUCUACCGUCAUCAAAAUAGUGGUGCAUUUGGUAAUCAAGAUUAUAAUUCUCGACAUGCCAAUAAUCUUCCAUCAAAGCCGCAAAAUCCUCUAUCACAAAUGACUCAUUCUGGUGAUAUGAACUCUGCAGCGGGUGGUUAUGCUCGUCAACAUCCUCCCAGGGUGCAGCCUAGUGGACAAAAAUGCCGCCCUGUGGCUGGCGGAGCCCCAUUUUUGACGUGCUACAAUUGUUUUGAGUUGCUGCAAUUGCCUAAGGAAGUUUUUCGUGGAGGUAAAAGGCGAAAAAUGAAAUGUGGGGCAUGUUCUACAGUUAUGGUUAUUGCAGUUUUAGACAAUAGACUUGCUAUUUCUAUUGAAGAACGAGUGGAUAAAAGCACUGACAAGAUGGAUCAUCAGCAUAGAGUCAUGUUGAAUGAAGGGAAUCCAUACUCCAAUGCACAUACAAACCGUCCUAGCAUGACCUUCUCUUCUGAAGAUUACGAUACUUCUAGAUAUGAUUUCCAUGCAAUGGAUCAAGAACUCAGGUCACUGUCAACAGGCCGUGGAAGUUCCAUUAAAUCUGCCGAGAUGAGAAGCCUUGGUUCUACAUCUUCCCGCAGUUCAAGAGAAGAGGACAACCUCAUUAACUCUGCGGCAACAAUGGAAAAGUCUGACUUUGUGCUGCCAAUGAAGGGUAAAGAAUCUCCACCACCAGCUGGUUCACCACUGCAAGAAUACUUUGACUAUUCUAACAAAUUUCAUGUUGCCAACCGCCUGGAUCAUGGAAACAGAAGUGUGCGCUCUGAUGCAGAGAAGCUGAUGCAGGAAAAGACUACUUCAGAGCAAAACUCCAUGAGAGAUACAGCUGUAGCAACUGAGAUGGACAUACCAUCCAAUGAGUAUGGUAACACUGGCUCGUCUUUAGAGUCUGGUGGAUCUAGUAAAGAAGGAGGCCAACUGAAAGCCACUAAAGAAUCAUUUUUCUCUGGCAUCAUAAAGAAGAGCUUUAAAGAAUUCAGCCGAUCUGAUCAUUCUGCAGAGGAGGAAAAAGCCAAUACUACAGUUAACGGGCAUCUUAUACCAGAUCGGCUGAUUAAAAAGGCAGAAAAGCGUGCUGGACGAAUACAACCUGGACAUUACUGGUAUGAUUUUCGAGCUGGAUUCUGGGGAGUGACUGGUGGUCCUUGUCUGGGCAUUAUCCCUCCAUUUAUUGAAGAAUUCAAUUAUCCCAUGCCUGAGAAAUGUUCUGGUGGAAAUACUGGAGUAUUUGUGAAUGGGAGAGAGCUCCACCCAAAGGAUCUGAAAUUACUUUCGAGUAGAGGUCUCCCAGCCGAGAGAGACAGAUCUUAUAUUAUUGAAAUUUCUGGCAGAGUUCUUGAUGAGGACUCUGGUGAAGAGUUAGAGAGCCUGGGCAAACUUGCUCCGACUGUUGAGAAAGCAAAGCAUGGCUUCGGCAUGAGACUUCCAAAAGUAGCAGCAUAAAUAUCAGAAAAAAGAGUUUGUCCUUAUAAGGUUGCUUGCAGUAUGCAGAAAUCUGGAGCUGUAGUGCCUAAUGCCUUGCAGGAGAAUGUUAGUUAUUGUAAAUGAGACAUGUAAAAUGGAACUAGAUGAGUUUCAGUAAAAAUGUGUCUUACAGAUUCUAUGUACUACUUUUUUUCUCUGUUAAUGUUUGUAUAUUCAUCAAAAAGUAUCAGCUGUGUGCACUUGUAGAGUAGUAAAGAAAGUUUGCCUGGUUAUUGAAUCAUGGCUAUUGUGGUGGGAAUAUUGUGCUCCUUUAGUUUUGUAUUUUUAGUGCAGAAUGUUCUUAUUUCUGUUUAAAUUACAGCAAGAUGUUUAUACCAAA